GAGUGGCAGAACUCGAUCCAGAAAAAUGCAGGCCUUGCCUUCAUUGAGCUCAUCAAUGAGGGAAGAUUGCUGUGUCAUGCUAUGAAGGACCACAUCGUGCGUGUUGCCAAUGAGGCAGAGUUCAUCCUCAACAGACAGAGAGCAGAAGACGUCCAUAAACACGCUGAGUUUGAGUCCAACUGUGCCCAGUACGCUGCUGAUCGGAGGGAGGAGGAGAAGAUGUGUGAUCACCUGAUCAGCGCUGCCAAACACAGAGACCAUGUAACUGCCAACCAGCUCAAACAGAAGAUCCUCAACAUCCUCACCAAUAAGCAUGGAGCCUGGGGCAGCCUGGCACAGAGUCAGCUGAAUGACUUCUGGCGUCUGGACUACUGGGAGGACGAUCUACGGAGGAGGCGGAGAUUCGUACGGAACCCCUUUGGCUCCACCCACCUGGACAUCCCCUGCAAGACGUUAGACGACUAUGACAGCGAGGAGGAAGAGUUGGUCAAAUCGAAGAAGGGGUUCCGCAGCCAGGCAGUAGCCAAUCAGAGCCCAGAGACGGACCUGAUGUUGGAUGGAGACGACGACACUGCCAGUCUGCUGCAGGAGAAGGAGAUGGACAACCUGGCUGGCCCAGUGGUCCUCAGCACCCCAGCCCAGCUGGUGGCCCCAGUAAUAGUGGCGCGAGGGACGCUCUCCAUCACGACGACCGAGAUCUAUUUCGAAGUGGACGAGGAUGACCCCUCCUUCAAACGGCUUGACUCCACGGUCCUGUUGUACUCCGAGGGUCUGCAUGGUAAGUGGAUGUUCAGUGAGAUCAGAGCGGUCUUCUCCAGGCGAUACCUACUCCAGAACACUGGCCUGGAGGUCUUCAUGGCCAACAGGACGUCAGUGAUGUUUAACUUCCCAGACCAGGCAACAGUGAAGAAGGUGGUCUACAGUCUACCCAGGGUCGGAGUGGGAACCAGCUAUGGCCUACCACAAGCCAGGCGUAUCUCCAUGGCGACGCCCCGGCAGCUCUUCAAGUCAUCUAACAUGACCCAGCGCUGGCAGAGGAGGGAGAUCUCCAACUUCGAGUACCUCAUGUUCCUCAACACCGUCGCAGGGAGGACCUACAAUGAUCUGAACCAGUACCCGGUGUUUCCCUGGGUUCUCACCAACUAUGAGUCCGAGGAGCUGGACCUCACCCUGCCGGGCAACUUCAGAGAUCUCUCCAAGCCAAUCGGAGCGUUGAACCCCAAGCGUGCAGUGUUCUAUGCAGAGCGCUACGAGACCUGGGAAGAGGACCAGACACCCCCAUAUCACUACAACACCCACUACUCCACCGCUAACUCCACCCUGCUCUGGCUGCUCAGGAUAGAGCCUUUCACCACGUUUUUCCUGAAUGCUAACAACAACAAGUUUGACCAUCCAGACCGGACCUUCUCAGCCAUCACCCGCUCCUGGAGGCACUGCCAGAGAGACACCUCAGACGUCAAGGAGUUGAUUCCAGAAUUCUACUACCUGCCAGAGAUGUUUGGUAACAGUAAUGGUUACCACCUGGGCCAGAGGGAGGACGGCAGCAUGGUGUGUGAUGUAGAACUGCCUCCCUGGGCCAACAAGCCUGAGGACUUUGUCAGGAUCAACCGGAUGGCCCUGGAAAGUGAGUUCGUGUCAUGUCAGCUGCAUCAGUGGGUUGACCUUAUUUUCGGCUACAAGCAGCGCGGGCCUGAGGCGGUGCGCGCCCUCAAUGUCUUUCACCACCUGACCUACGAGGGUUCCGUCAGCCUGGACAGCAUCACUGACCCCGCCCUCAGAGAGGCGAUGGAGCAGCAGAUUCUGAUUGUUGGACAGACUCCGUCUCAGUUGCUCAUCGAGCCUCAUCCUCCUCGCAGCUCGGCCAUGCACCUGUGUUUCCUUCCCCAGAGUCCUCUGAUGUUUAAGGACCAGAUGCAGCAGGAUGUGAUCAUGGUGUUGAAGUUCCCCUCCAACUCCCCGGUGACACACGUAGCAGCCAACACCCUGCCACACCUCUCUGUCCCUGCCGCUGUCACCGUCACCUGUAGCCGACUGUUCGCUGUCAACCGCUGGCACAACACCGUCGGUUUGAGAGGAGCGCCAGGUUACUCCCUGGAACAGGCCCACCACCUGCCCAUAGAGAUGGACCCUCUGAUUGCCAACAACACCGGGAAUAACAAGCGUCAGAUCACAGACCUGGUUGAUCAGAGCAUCCAGAUCAACACACACUGCUUCGUGGUUACCGCCGACAACCGCUACAUCCUGGUCUGUGGCUUCUGGGACAAGAGCUUCAGAGUCUACUCUACUGAGACAGGUAAGCUGACCCAGAUAGUGUUUGGCCACUGGGACGUGGUGACGUGUCUGGCCAGGUCAGAGAGCUACAUCGGGGGAGACUGCUACAUCGUGUCAGGUUCCAGAGAUGCUACUCUGCUACUGUGGUACUGGAGCGGACGACACCACAUCAUAGGAGACAACCCCAACAACAGUGACUACCCGGCACCGCGAGCUGUGCUGACCGGCCAUGACCAUGAGGUGGUGUGUGUCUCUGUGUGUGCUGAGCUGGGACUGGUCAUCAGUGGAGCCAAAGAGGGUCCGUGUCUGGUCCACACUAUAACAGGGGACCUGCUGCGGGCCCUGGAGGGCCCAGAUAACUGCAUGUGUCCCCGCCUCAUAUCUGUGUCCAGCGAGGGCCACUGUAUCAUCUGCUACGAGAGAGGACGUUUCUGUAACUUCAGCAUCAACGGGAAAUUACUGGCUCAGAUGGAGGUCAACGACUCAACACGGGCCAUUAUGCUGAGUAGUGACGGUCAGAACCUGGUGACAGGAGGAGACAACGGGGUGGUGGAGGUGUGGCAGGCCUGUGACUUCAAACAGCUCUACAUCUACCCAGGCUGUGAUGCUGGUGUCCGCGCCAUGGACCUCUCUCACGACCAGAGGACUCUCAUCACUGGCAUGGCAUCCGGCAGCAUUGUGGCGUUCAACAUCGACUUCAACCGGUGGCACUACGAGCACCAGAACAGAUACUGAGGGUUACAGAGACAGAGAGGCAGUACAACAUGGCUGCUGGUUUGGAGGACACCUGGACACUACUGUUAACUACUGUUGACCAACUAUACAGGUUAACCGCUGUUAACUACCUAUACAAGUUAACUAGGGUUAACUAACUACUUGUUUAAGUGUUAACUAACCAUACAGGUUAACUAACUAACAAACUAACCAUAAGCUGUUAACCAGGUUAGUAAUACAGUGGGGUCUGAAUAAUGACUGUAUAAAAUAAAUCAUUCAAAUACUGAGCUAUAUGAUAUGCGCCCAAAAAAUUGAAAAUUAUAUUAUUUUAUACUAAUACAAUUGCUUAGAGAAAGACAUUUUGUUUAACAAGUAAACAUUUUUUUCUCAAAAAGGUAGGGUUCAAAAUGAUUGACAUCCCUAAAUAUUCUUAUAAAUUCAGUAGUCAAAAGUUUAGUAUUUGGUCCCAUGUUCCUAGCCCUUAAUGAUUACGUCAAGCUUGUGACUCUACAAACUUGUUGGAUGCAUUUGCAGUUUGUUUAGGUUGUGUUUCAGAUUAUUUUGUGCCCAAUAGAAAUGAAUGGUAAAUAAUGUAUUCUGUCAUUUUGGAUUCACUAAUUGUAAAUAAGAAUAGAAUAUGUUUCUAAACUCUUCGUAAUUAAUGUGGAUACCACCAUGAUUACAGAUAAUCCUGAAUGAAUCGUGAAUAAUGAUGAAAGUUACAGAGGGUCAAAGAUCAUACCAUUACCAAUAACAGGGGAGGUACGCAUGUCUUGGGGUUAUGAUCUUUGACCUUCUGUGACAAUCUGAAGUAGAUGUCUUCUGAUAGAUUACAUAAAAUCCUUAAAAGAUACCAAAAUUCUGUUAGUUAUUGGUAAACUUCAAAAGUUUCCAGAAAAAAAACAAGUAUAUAUUACUUGUUAAACAAAAUCCUUUUCUCUGAGCAAUUGUAUUAGUAUAAAAUAAAAUACAUAUUUUUUUAUCAUACAAUAUAGCUCAGUAUUUUAAAUGUUUAUUUUAUACCAGUAAAUAUUGCUAAUCUUUAUCAAGGGUGUCAAUCAUUUCGUACCCCACCGUAUAUCAUAAUGCCUAGAAACAGACAGGUUCAAAUAUAAGUCAUAUCAGAAGAAACUCUUAAACUGAAGAGCUUAGAAGAAGAGCUCAGUCAUAGCGCUACAGUGACAGUUUCAAAACUGAUUCAAAAAUAACGAAUGUACGAUUUUAUUCAACUGGUCAUAUUUAAAACUGUGAAAAAUACAAAUAAACAAACCUACAGUUAAUAACAUUUAUACAACAUUUGUAUGUCAAAUACAUAUCAAACUUGGGACACUUUUCUAGGAAAAAAAGUAAAAACUGCUGUAUAUAAGGAUGAUGUAAGGAGUUUAUUUCCAGAAAAGAUUUGAAAAGAACAAGACGUCUCCAUUUAGUCUCCAUUUAGUCUCCACUUAGUCUCCAUUUAGUCUCCAUUUUGACAGUUGAACCAUAAUUCUCUGUUCCAAACCGUGACAUGACUCUCUCACAUCAAAUCUUAGUUUGCUUCCCAAAUGGUACCCUAUUCCAUUUCUAGUGCACAACAUUUGAUCAGGACCCAUAUGGCUCUGGUCAAAAGGCGUGCACUAUAAAGGGAUUAGCGUGCCAUUUGGGACAGAGAUUUAGUUGGUUAGUAAUAAUAGCUGAUAGUUUGUCUCCCAUCAUGGAAAACAGUAGUCUAUCAAUGUACUUGUCAAAAAUGACAAAUUGUUCUAUGUUCAUGUGAUAAUGUGUUUAGAUGUCUGUAAGGGCAGUUUCAGAACUAUACUUAUCGUGCGAAAUGUGUCCAUUGUAAUUUGUUUCUUAAUCACGUCUCACAUUAUCAGCAGGAAGUAACGAACCUUGUAAUGAUUUCUGUACCAUUUCUUGUUCUGUAACUAUUUUAUUUAUAUUUCAACAAAAGCAAGGGUUUAAAAUGACUUUUAUAUACUUUUAAAAUCAUUACCACAUGCUAGUCAGAUUUAGCACGGAAUUCUUUAUUCGUCAUGGUUUGUAUUUCCAGAUAAUAGAUUGAUAAGGAAGACAUUUGUAGAAACACUGGAUGAUCACUAGCAAUACCAUGAGUUUGUUAAAGCCUGCAAUCCAGACCUGUUUGGUACUAACAUUCCACUCAUUGUACUCCGUGUUAUAUGCCAAACGUGACAUGAUGUUUGGCAUUGCAAGUAAUGGAAAGGAGUGGAAUGUUAGCACAAACAGCCAGGCUAAGUGAGAGGCAUGUAGCUAACCUGACCAACCCAAAAUGAUUCUUCACUAUUUUGAAUAAACAGAAAACAUUAUAAGUUUGUUUCAGUGCAGCAAUGUAAAAUAUGCCACAUGUGUGAGUUGACAGUAAGAUGAAAAGGAAAAAAACGAAUCACAAUAUGCAAAGAGUUUGGGUUUCCGUUGUAAUGGUACAGACAGCAGCCUAGCUAAACCAGGGACACUGCGUGCAGAGAGCUACAGUGGCUGUAAUAUCUAUCUGACUUUACUGCUUUGGUUCAUAAUACCCAUCAAUAUGAAUUUGACAUACUGGGUUUAUUUUCAAUAUUUGACUUAAAUCUUUAUGUAAGGAGGAUUUUGCUAAAUAAAUGCAUUUUAUUUGUGUUGACAUUGUUGCUUUAAAAAACACAUUUUGAUUUUUUUUGUAAAAUAUUUUGUUGAUCUGUAUUUUUGUUGAUUUAAGUAUAUCAUGAUUUUACAAGUUGUUUUGUGUAGAUUGCAAUGUCUGAGGCAUUUACCUUGUGUUUGUUUGGAGCUGUUAUACAUUAACUUAAGACAAUAUAUAAAGAUUGAUGAACAGUAACAUUUUUUAUUGUUUUCCUUUUUGUUGUAUUUAUAAUAACAAUAAAUAAAGCAAGCUCU